AUGAAGGCAUGCUCAACAAGAUGGUGCAUACUUGCGAGUAUCCUCGGUAUUACAGUCCAAGUCGAAGCGACGUGGGACUAUGGAAGCCGCCAGCAAACCCUUGAUAUGAACCGACUGUCAUCCCAAGCCUCCGCAGAUAACUGUACCAUUAGCAGAUUUGGGCGAUACACGGCAGCACGGCGUCCCGACAGUGUGCUCUUCUCGGCGAACAACUUGACUGAUUUCGAGGCUCCUGCUAUUGAGCCUCUCAACUCCACCGCAGGGGAGCAGUGGGAAUUUGAUGGCGUCUCUGACGACGGGACUCAGGCGUUCAUCUUUGGCUUUUCUCGGGACCCCAACUGGGCCUUCUCGGGCACAGGCAACUUACGGGUGUAUGCAGAGUUUGCCUUUGCGAACGGGUCGCGCUAUGCUAUAGUUGAUUACGCCGAAGAGUCGGCUGUAGAGUCAUGCCCCGGUCGUGGAACGCGAGGGUCGUGGAAAGGAGACGGGUUCGAGUACACAUUCACAGUCUCUAGUGACAUGUCUCGGGCCACAGUCACCAUGGACAACCCCGAGGCUCAUGCGAGUGUGUCCAUGAACUCGCUUGCGCCGCCGAGAUACGCCGACAACCAGCCAUGGCCAUCUACAAAUGCCAGUGCAGAGCCCGUCCGGCACUUCUUCUGGGUCGAGCCGAUGCCCGCCAGCGACAUCACCGUCAAUGCCAUGAUCCAAGGGGAAGCCGUGGCCUGGAGCGGAGUAGGAGGCCACGAGCGCAUCUGGCACGCCUUCAGUUGGCCGACAUGCAUCACGGGCAUGCUUGCGGUGCGGCUCAAGGUCGGGCCAUAUGCCCUUUCCCUCGUCGAAUUUGGGUCCAAGCGCGUGGCAGGACUUCGAGUCCCCGCGAUUGUCCUUGUUGAAGACGGUAAGGUAGUCUUCUCCAGCCGUCGAACAAGAACAAGUGAAGUCGAGGAUUACAUGCGUAUUCAAAAGGUACAAUCCUUGAACGGCGUCACCACCAAGCGCCUAGCAGACAAGACGACCGGGAUCGAGCUCGAGCUGGAGUCGCCAAGCCGUGGAAAGAAAUGGAGGUUUGAGAUUGCACACAAGAAUAUUGGGUUCGAGUACGGUUUCUCCGACGGCUCAGGGGGCACAGGAUAUUCCGGGGUUGCCACAGGAGGACUGGCAGACUCGCAGCCGUGGACGGGACCAGCGUUUGUGGAGUUGUUGAAGUUUCCAGACAACUCCUGGCUAACCAAGAGCAACUACGUGGAAUGA